AUGCUACGACUCGAGCUACUUUCGAGCAAGGCUUCGGUCUUUGUCUGCCGGAGAUGUCUUCCGCGAAUAACAACUCGAAUGGCUAGCUCGACAACAGUUUCCAAGCAAGCAGAGCUCCUCAAGACCUGGAACAAAUAUCGUGGGGUGGAUCUUCGUACCGAAGCUCAAGCUUCUGACCCAUGUGUUGGCUUUCUUGGCAAAAAACGAACACUUUCGAAACACCUCUCUUUUGCCGACCUUACGACCCCCUCGGGCGAGAUCAUACAAGUCUGCUCUAAUGGCGAGAUUGACAAGGAUGCGCACACAGACUUUCGCCAAGUACCGGCUUUCAGCCCCGUCAUUGUACACGUUCGAGCUCCCAGCGCAGAGGAGCAAGGCCGCGACACCUCCGCCAAGACGACAGUAUAUCUCGACGACAUCCGCGCUCUCAACAGCGUCCCAAAAGAUCUCAUAGUCACGCCCGAGACUGUGUUCCCUCAGACAAAACGCCAUUUGCAAAUUCGCUUCCACCCAGAGAUCCAAGCUCGACUCGAGUUUCGUUCAUGGCUGAAGAAUGUACUACACCAGGGACUAAUAGAAAAGGGCUUCACAGACAUUGAGACUCCCACACUUUUCAAAUCGACACCAGAAGGGGCUAGGGAAUUUCUUGUCCCUACGAGACAAAUGGGAACGGCUUAUGCUCUGACCCAAAGCCCGCAGCAGUACAAGCAGGUGCUGAUGGCAAGUGGCAUUUCGCGAUACAUGCAAUGGGCGCGCUGCUAUCGCGACGAAGAUUCGCGAGCCGAUCGCCAACCCGAAUUUUCCCAGCUAGAUAUGGAGUGGGCAUUCGCUGGUGCUGCGACAGUGCGACAAGACAUCAACGAUAUAAUUAUGAAGGCUUUGACUUUACUCGGGCCGUCGUGCUAUCAAGACAUGCGUGGAGAGCGAAUACCCAUGGUCCGAAGUAUUCCAGCAACAGAAAAAUCAGACUUGGACGGAGCAUAUCAAUUCACAACUCUUACGUUUGCCGAGUGCAUAUCGUCGUAUGGCUCUGACAAGCCCGACCUACGUAUCCCAGGGCGUAUUCAUACCAUCAAGGAUAUUGAACCCUAUCGAACGUUCGUCGGCAUGAUAACACAUCUGGAGAACCCUAUUGUUGAGGCCUUUGCUUUCCGGUUGAAUGAUGCGUCACCAGAAGAGUCACGAAAGUUUGUCAUGAAUUUCAUGACCAACCUGUCACCAGAAUUAGGAGAAAAUCCCGAGGGCAAGCCACAAGUCCUGAUCUUCGAUUCCAGAAAGCCCCGAUGUGGCUUCUCCUCAAUUGGAUUCGAGUACGAGCCAUUGAUCGACCAGAUCACUGAAGGUGAAGAGCUUAACGAUGGUGAUCUCGUGAUAUUUCAAGCUCGAGACACACCAAAGGGCCAGUACUGCUCAGGCUCGACGAAGAUUGGUGAUUUACGCACUUCUCUGUGGAAGGCGCUUAUCGAGAAGGGCUACAUGACGAAACCUCGCAACGGCGAGCCCGGAUCUCUACAAUUUGUUUGGGUGACGGAGUUUCCCAUGUUCAAGCCCACCGAGGAGAACGAGCCCGGCCAAGGGGGCGCCGCUGGCAUCGCAGCGUCCCACCAUCCAUUUACGGCCCCUCUUUCCGAAAAGGACCUCGAACUGCUCUUUACCAACCCUCUAGAUGCCAAGAGCGCCGCGUACGACCUCGUCCUCAACGGCGUCGAGAUUGGCGGGGGCAGCGUCCGCAACCACAUUGCCGACGUGCAGGACUUCAUCAUGCGCGACGUGCUGCAGAUGACGGACAGGCGCAUCGCCGACUUUGCGCACAUGUUUGAGGUACUGCGCGCUGGAUGCCCGCCGCACGCCGGCUUCGCGCUGGGCUUUGACCGCAUGGUGGCGCUCAUGACGGACACGGCGACCGUCCGCGACGUUAUUGCGUUUCCCAAGACGAUGAAGGGCGAGGACGCGUUUGUCAAGUCACCGAGCAAGAUUACGGAUGAGCAGCUUGCGCCGUAUGGAUUGCAACUGCGUAAAACAAAAUGA